UUGCCAAACAUCACGUCACUUUCACAGAUCAUCAUCCUGAUCAAUCGAAACAGAAACUGUAUCUAGCUAGCUGCCUAUCUUGAUCGCCAGCCAAGCUUUUGGAAGACUCACGCAACAGCUAGCUAGCUAGCACGAAGCAGAUAGAGUCGUCACUGAGCAAGCAAGCAAGAAGAGUGAUCGAUCGAUCGAUCAAUGGCGGCGAGCCUUGCUGGGUUGGCAUUCCUCGCCGUCACGUCGGCCGCGCUGCUGUCGCCGCUCGCCGUGGUUGGCCAGCUGAGGACGGACUACUACUCCACCAUCUGCCCCAACCUGGAGACCAUCGUCCGGAGCUCCGUCAAGCAGUCCAUGGCCGCGUCACCGAUCUCCGCGCCGGCGACGCUCAGGCUCUUCUUCCACGACUGCGCCGUCAGGGGUUGUGACGCGUCGAUCAUGAUCGUGAACUCGAACGGCGACGACGAGUGGCGGAACUCAGACAACCAGUCGCUGAAGCCGGAGGGGUUCACGACGGUGCUCAACGCCAAGGCCGCCGUCGACAGCGAUCCACAGUGCCGCUACAAGGUGUCCUGCGCCGACAUAUUGGCGCUCGCCGCAAGAGAAUCCGUCUACCAGAGCGGAGGGCCCAACUACCAGGUGGAGCUGGGGAGAUACGACGGCAGGGUGUCAACCAGAGACAGCGUAGUGCUGCCGCAUGCCAACUUCAACCUGGACCAGCUCAACGCUUUCUUCGCCGGCCUCGGCCUCUCCCAGACUGACAUGAUCGCUCUCUCAGGUGGGCACACGUUCGGCGCGGCGGACUGCAGGUUCUUCCAGUACAGGAUCGGCGCCGACCCAGCCAUGGACCAGGGCUUCGCGGCGCAGCUGCGCAACACCUGCGGCGGCAACCCCAACAACUUCGCGUUCCUCAACGGCGCGACGCCGGCGGCGUUCGACAACGCGUACUACCGGGGCCUGCAGCAAGGCAGGGGGCUCCUCGGCUCCGACCAGGCGCUGCACGCCGACCAGCGGUCGCGCGGCACCGUCGACUACUACGCGUGGAGCCAGAGCGCCUUCUUCGGCGGCUUCGCCGCCGCCAUGACCAGGCUCGGGAGGGUCGGCGUCAAGACGGCGGCCACCGGCGGCGAGAUACGCCGCGACUGCAGAUUCCCGAAUUGAUCGGCUAACUCGCACCGUACGUGCGUGCACGGUGCACUACUACUUGUACAUGCAAACAUUCAAUCUUGCUCGGUUCAUGGACUUCUUACUACAGUACUUAGUUGACGAUGAACACGACGACUGUCACUGUAAUAAUUAAUCUCGAUCAAUUCAAUAAUUCAUACGUGAUAGAUGUCCGUAACUGAUUUUUUA